AGUUUCUAGACGAAACGUCAGUCUGGGCAAAUCUCCGCUAAGGAGGAGCAUGGGAAUAGCUUUGAAUUAGUGACAAUUCUUUUCGCCAGUUUUGCAUAAGUUUCAAUUGUAUAGACAUUGAAAAUGUGAUUUGCUUAAAAUCUAUUCUGUUCAUAGAGAUAAAUAAAUUGAAUUUUGCAUUCUUUUCAGAUUGUAAAGAACGAAAAUUUAAUCGUUAUGAACAUGUUUAGUUUGAAAGAGUUAGCCCUUCAAAAGAUUGUAAAGGAAAGGGAGUCAUUUUUUCAGAAUUCACCAAAGAAUGGUUACAUAAUCCCGUAUAGAAUUGCUGAAGAAUUAUUGAGUCGACUUGACGAAGAGGAAUUUGGAAUUCCCGAAAAUUAUAUAAAGUGUUUUCUUGGAAAGAAAGCUAUUUUGAAAAAUGUCAAGAUGGAUGGACAUCGUUUGUCUGACAAGUCUUAUCUGUCUUUUCUGAAAUGUAGUUAUAUAGAAACAAUUUCCAUAGAGAAUAUUAGACACAUGGGAAUUAAAGAUUGGUUCCAUCUAGUUAAUGGAAGUAAUCUAAGAGAAUUAUCUUUAAAGCAGUGCGUAUUUCGUCUAGGAAAUGGAAAUAAUUCCAGCGUUAAUCUCUAUGAUGAAUUCGAUUUGAGGUCAAUGAAAUGUCUAACGGUACUUAACGUUAGUUUUACAAAUUUUGAUUAUCAAUAUCUCAAUUAUAUCUGCAAAGAAUUGCCAGAUUUGGAAGAAUUGAAUAUUUCCAGUACAUUAGUUGAUGAUUUAACGCCCCUUGAAAAGCUAAAAAAUUUGAAGGCACUCAAUUGUUCAUAUUGUCAAGAUAGAGCUCUAUAUUUGACCUAUUCGUCCUUACACCAGUUAAAAAAAUUAGAAUGGUUAGAUUUGUCCCAAAUGAUGGAAAGACGAAAUGAAGAAGAGAAAAUUUCUGAAUUUAUCGUAUCUGCUCAAUGGCCAAAUUUACAACAUUUGCAUAUGUUUGGCUGUUGGCGAUUAAGCCCCGAACUAAUUCCAAUUUUCUUAAAGAAUCAUUCCAAACUAAAAUAUCUUGGUUUGAACUAUUCAGAACAAGGCUCUAUAGACUUAAAUGAGAUUCGACAGAAUUAUCCGUACGGAUCAUUUCCUUUAGUUAUCACCGAGUUGACUAUGGAAACAUUUCGAAACUUUCUGAAAUAUUCUCUAACUGCCAAAAAGGAAUUUACGGAAGAUCUAAUGUCAAUUUACUUUAAGAAUUGUCUUGCAAUAAGCAAUCACGACUACGAAAUGACAAUACUAUCGGAUUUUGAAAAGAACCAAAUACUAGAUAUUCUUAUAGAUUAUAUUGUUACGGCAAAAAAUAGCUUAAAUUCAUCUUUAGGAAGUUUUGAGCUGUUAAAUUUUGUUGUUGGCUUUCAUAUCUAUUGUUCCCUUUUUCUAAGAUUUAAGGAUUUAUGCUCUGAUUGGAGAAAAAAGAAAAAGAUAUUUGAUAGCUGUUUAACAGCUUUCAAUCAUUGUGUCAAUGAAGAAAACAUAAAUGUUUUACAUUUAAAGUUACUUCAUGUUUAUUCAAAUUUCUUUCAGACGACUCAAGAAAAAUAUGGAAUAGCAAUGAAAAUAUUCUCGAAGUGUCAAAAAAGUAGUGAUAUACUUGAGAGUAUUCCUCUAUUAACUGAAUUAUUUAGUACACUCGAUUGGGAAGAGUUAUCGGACAAAAAUAUUCAAGAGUUACACUUGAGCUUUAUCGGCUUUAUUGAUCAAUCCAAAAGAGUUUUGAACUAUACAGAAUCGAUUGUUCUAUUGAAGGAACUCUAUCAGAAAAAGCUUAGAUUAAGAGUAAAGACGAGCUUACAAUCGAUUAUUAAGACAGUCAAAAUUAAUAGAUGGACAAAAUUCAAAUUAUCUCUAAGGAAGACUUUCAAUCGUCUAAAAUUGAUAAAAAGGAAAUGAUAAGAAAAAGAAAUCAAGGCUAUCUUUCUUUGUUUUUUUUUCCCCUUUUUUUUGAAAUUCUUCUUUUUGCUAUGAUUGAAUGAUAUUUAAAAAAGGAAUAAAAAGAGCAGCAUUUACAUUUAACUCUA